GCAGUCGGUGCUGCCGUAUACGACGCGUAACGUUCGCAUCCUUUGUAUUCUUAUCAUCCUGCGUGUUUCUGUGCUCAUAUUGCGAUCGAAAGUUUCAAUUUAGUGCAAAUUGGGUCGAAUCGAUACACAAGAUUUUGGUUACAUUGUAAUUGGGGCUAUCUCUUCGCAAAGCAAAAAAAUAAAACGCGAUCAUUUGAAAAUACACAAAAACUGUAGCGAGCAACUGCACGAAUUUCCGAGACGUUCCAUAUUUUAUUCGCGGUAAAAUAAAUGCUACAAGAAAAAAAACAAAACAAGCAGAAUAAACUCAAGACCUCGUCGAGAUGAAUCGAAGAGGCGAUCAAACGAUACCUGGACUCGUGAUAAAGCUACGAAAAAACGACAAAAAAAUUAAAUAAACAUAGAAUAUGGGUGAAUGAUUUGUAUAUGUAAAAAAAAACGAAAAAUAAUAAAUAAGCUAUAUCGAAGCGUAGUGAAAGUUGGUUAAAUAUUGUGAUCGUUUGGUGAAGUUUUAUUUAAUUGGUCGAUGAUUGAAGUGACUUUAAAAUCUGAUGAUUGCGACUGCAUCCUGCUGUGCGUAUCUAGUAAAUAACUAAAUACUAAAUAAUGAAUUAAUACCAAUGACAAGGUGUCUACCCAUUGAAAAGCAACGUAUCGUGUUCUUUUACCUUUUUAUUUUUUUUUGUUUCGAAAUAGUGCUUUUUCACGUGCGAGACCCGAAGUAUGUGCACAGAAGAUAAUCGAAGGGCGUUCAAAGGACACGUGACUCGUUAUGCACUCUGCUGGAAGAGUGCUCUCGAUUUAUCGUCGAGCUUUCGAGCAUCCAUAAGUGCUCCUGCACUCUGUGACAUGCGAGUAUUACGUUAUCGGGGUUGUCGUUAGGUGUUGCAUCAAGCGGGGGCAUCGAGAUUGGUUUUUUUAUUUUGAAUCCACACAUGGAUUCGUGCGGCUGAAUAACGAGACAACGAAAAUUCUUACACAUCGAGGACUCGUUAUUUUAUUGUCAAGAUUUUUCUUACCGUUGGUUCACGAAGGGCUGCGGAGGCUACUGCCACCUUGAGCACCGCUUCGUUCAAAAACGUCACCAUCAAAGGUUUUUCCGGACCAGGAAAAAUGAGCGGAAACGCCGAGUUCGCGGUGGGGCUCGGAGUUGCGAGUGGGCCGAGUCUCGCAGCAGCUCAACAGGGCCAAGGAGUCGCAGCACUGUUGGUCAUGCUAGCAGUUCUGUGCUUCAUCUUUGCUUACUGCUGCUGGGGCGCACCUUUUUGUCGAUCUCUUUGCCGAAGACACUGUUGUUGUCGUCUAGAAGAUCCGGAACCGGAUCCACGCUUCGGAAAUAGUGAUCAAGCGAUGGUUGCAACACCAACGAUCAUUCUGUUGCCCCAUGGCAGAAUGCUCGUCGUCGAUGGUACCAUUUUUACACAGUUUCAAGCUGACACCACUGGUCUCGAUCUCGUGGAACUUGGAGAAAGCGUUAUUCGGGCUCAGAGAAAUCCACGGAGCAUAAAUCGCCAUCAGCUUCAAAGCAGUCAAGGCAGCAUUCUGGAAAUGGACGCUGAAACCCCUAGCAAAGACAGCCUCGGUUCUAUAGGAUGCUUCCCGCCGCCAACUUACGAGAGCAUAUAUGGAAAAGAUGAAGGCGACAUGCCACCUUCGUACUCGGAUAUUUUACUUCACAGAUUUGCCAAUCUGCCGUACGAGAUCGAGCUACACGAUCAUUGUCACGAUGGAAAAGAAGAAAUGGAAAUGCACAGUUUGGACGGCUGUCCUUACAUCUUGUCGAAUCCCAUCAACACUUUGACUUAUCCGUACACAAGCGUAACGAGCUUUUCAAGUCAGAGCUUUCCUCGUAGAAACUUAUCUCGGAAUCCAUCGUUGAUAAGCAAUCCAUUGGAUGAUUAUUACGUCGAUAACGAGCUUGGUGUUUAUAGGAUUGGUCGCAUGAAUGUCUCGUCGAUACAAGACGUGAGUAGCAACGUGGAUGCACCUAGAAGCGUUGUAUCGACGAAUGCCAAUUCCGGCAACGUUCCACCGAUCGUUCAGCAUUUUCCAGAAACCGAGAGCAGGUACGAUAUUCAGCACGUUCACGAUGAUCAAACGAGAUGUCGUUCAGCUGAUAACGAAUCUACGAACACGGGAAAUCACGAGAGAGGAAUUACGCUCGGUGGCAAUCAAGUUGUCCAAGAUAGUCAGAAUUUUAGAAUAACCGAAGGUUCGUCCUCGAGAAGACAAAAUAACGAUACUGAGGCAAGAAGGGAUCGAUCCUACACCCCGAGAAACGUUCAUUUUCAAAAUUUUCAUGAUCCGCAACCAGAGUCUUCUCAAAACGCUAAUCAACCCAUUGACAUUAUUGAUAACACGAUCUCAAGGCCGAGACACUCCAGGGAUUAUAGAGAUGACGAUCGAUCGAGAAACGAUGAAACCAGAGCUCGUGUCGAAGACGAUGAAAAUAACGAUUUUGGAGCACUCGCGGAUAUUCGGGAAAGCAGAGUUUAAACUUAAUCGUUAGAGAAUUACUUCAUAGAAAAUACAGAUGAUUUUAAAGUUUGCAUUGUAGGAAAACAAUUGAAAAAAAAAAAACAAAAUCUCUUUCAUUGUAUAUUGUUUUGCAAGUUUUGUAGACAUUUUUUUCCAGAGACUGAAAAAUUUGAACAAAUUACGCUAAAUUUCAUGAGUUUCAUGAAAAUUAUUGACUAUUUUAAAGAUAUUUUUCAUUGUCUUUCUCGAGGUGCGAAUUUUUAUAUCACAAAUAACGUCACAGACACCAUCUCUCAUGCCAAGUUUCUGUUUCAGACGUGGGAAACACGUUUUGCACAAUCUCAUUGAUCUAUCAAGGUUAUGGAUUCUGUAUUUUUUGUUGAAAUAAAGUGUCCUUAAUAUGUAUGUGAAAAAAAGAAUAACAAAAUUAUUUUUAGAAAAACAAAAUUUUCGCGAUAGUUUUCAACUUUGAGGAAGGUAACGCCACUUUUUUCAUGAAGUGUUUUCAUCCAUAAAUUUUUUUCACUAAUAUAUAGUUUCCAUAUAACAUAUAUGUGCAGAUUUUUGUUUAACGAGGAUCAUUUUAUUACGGUAUAUAUCCUCAAUUUUUGAAAAUCGAGUUCAACACAGUUCAAAUAAGACUGAAAGAUCACAGUAGCAAAAUGAAAUGGCAGGCUUGUGGCAGGUUUUUGGAAAGACGUUCCUUUUUCUCUUGAAUUUAUUAAUUUCUAUUAUGAACUCUCGGCAGAAAGAAUCGAAUGAUCUCUGCAAUGGUUCUUACCUUGCAGCAAUUUUUAAACUCAUCUAAUCACUGUCCAUCUCUUCUGACGACGUAGAUUCGUUGUCGUCCUCAGGUGCUUUUUUGUCCCAGUCCUUGAGCUUAGCGCCCAUUACAAAAUCAUCUCGAAGCACGCUCCAAACUUUGUCGUUCUAAUCAAUGAAAAAAAAAGAAAUCUAAUAAAUGAGAUUUCAAUGACGCGAAUAAAAUUAGACAUCUUUCCCCGGUUACUUUCCAAAAUGUUUUCAACAUGAAUACUUGAAAAAAAAAACAAAAAAAAAAUACGUUUUUUGAGUCGAACGAAAAAAAAGAAUAGCAAUUGCUCGAUUUACCAGAGAAUAGAGAUAAAUAGCUAAUUACUAGAAAAUUUAGAUAACAAACUAACUUCAUUAUUUUCGGUGCUUUCGACCUUGGUAUUCUUUGUUGGAUCAUCGACUGUAAUACUUUUGGAGCCUCCCAUAAGGACAUCCAAAAACGCUCGUUUAUCGAUGCUCUUGAGUACCUGCUCUCGCUUUCUUUCCAAAGGACCAACUUCAUCUAAUUUCUUAUCAAUAUCAAUUUGUUGCUGUUUUACUACGUUAAACAGCUGUACAACGCCCCUGAAACGAAAAAGCAACAAAAAUACGAUUAAUAUACUAUGAUAUUGGAGCUCGUAUAGUUGGAACUUCGAAAAUAUUUUCAAGGGUGAGAAUGUUAUUCACAGUAUAUUAUAAAUGCGCUAUGAAACAUUGAUGAUCAGAAUUACAACAAAUUCAAUUGACUAGUUUUUUUCGGUGUUUUCCAACGAUGAAAACUUUGGAAUUAUCAUUUUUAUUGAUCCUCUGUAAAUAACAAUUGAUAAAUAAUAAGUGCGAAUAAAGUUAGAAAGUGUUGUUA